AUGACCCAGGGUCCGCUUUUCUCUCUCUCUCCCGCGUCGACGCUCGACGACCUGCUCGAGGCAAACCAGAGGUGGCGACGGCAGCAGGAGCAGCGCAAGCCGGCAUUGUUCCGCUCGCACGCGGCGGGCCAAACACCGCACACGCUCUUCCUCGCUUGCUGCGACUCGCGGUACAGCGAGGCCUGUCUCGGCGUAGAGCCUGGCGAGGCCUUUACGUACCGCACCAUCGCAAACAUAAUGGACCCUGCGGAUCCCGGCUUCCGCGCCGCGCUGGAGUUCGCGCUCCACGUGCUGCAGGUGUCGCGGAUCGUGCUGUGUGGCCACACCAACUGCGGCGGGGUCAGCACCUGCCUCACAGGCACCCGCCGCGCGCUCGCCACGCCGCAGUGUAGCAGUCUGCACGCACACUUGGAUUCACUGGACGCGCUGUGCAGUGCCAACAAACCUGCCCUCGCAUCAUUGCCGCCCGCAGUCCAGGCCGAGCAGCUGGUUAUCGCCAAUGUCCGCGCACAAUACCGCGCAUUGUCGCAGGAUGCAGCAGUCCGGGCUGCAGUGCAGCAGCGCCACCUCACCCUCCACGCCCUGCUGUAUCAUGUCGACACAGGUGCACUCACGGUCGUGGCUCCCUGA